GCUGCAGAGCGACUUCGUCACAUCCUUGGGGAGGAUGACAGCACACCAACACCUACAAUAUUCACAGAGAUGGACACACUACAGCAAUAUGGGGAUGAAUUGGAGUGGAAAGAGUCAGCAAGGUGGGUAAAAUUUGAGGAGAAGGUGGAGGAGGGCGGAGAAAGAUGGAGCAAGCCUCAUGUCUCCACACUGACACUUCAUAGCCUCUUUGAGCUAAGGACCUGUCUGCAGACAGGGAGUCUUUUGCUUGAUCUGGAAGGCUACUCGCUACCACAGAUUGUGGAGGAGAUUGUGGAUCGACAGAUAGCUGAUGGUCUCAUUCCUCAGGAUCUAAAGGAGAAGAUUAUUUUUGUCCUGCUAAGGAAACACCGUCACCAGACCAAGAAACCAAUCCACCGCUCACUGGCAGACAUAGGAAAGUCCUCUAACACAUCAUCCAAUCGCAGUCCACAAGUUAAUCUGAGUCGUAGCACUAGUUCAGCAUCUGGGAUCCACCGCUCUACAGAAGACCUACGUUCUCGGCAGUCAAGCAGUCUUGGCCGCCUGCAUGCUGCUCAGAGUCGAAGCAUGAAUGAUAUUUCAGACAGCCCCAGCACUGACCAGCUGAAGAAUAAAUUUAUGAAGAAGAUUCCUCGUGAUGCUGAGGCCUCUAAUGUAAUGAUUGGUGAGGUGGAUUUUCUGGACAAACCAUUUGUCUCAUUUGUACGCUUGGCUCAAGCCACAACAUUAGGAGGCCUCACAGAGGUCCCUGUCCCAACCAGGUUUCUCUUCAUUAUGCUGGGUCCUCAAGGCAAAACUAAGUCUUACAAUGAAAUUGGCAGAGCUAUUGCCACUCUCAUGGUAGAUGAUCUGUUUAGUGAUGUUGCGUACAAAGCAAGGGACCGUGAUGACUUGAUUGCAGGUGUUGACGAGUUUCUGGAUGAGGUGAUAGUCCUUCCUCCAGGAGAAUGGGAUCCUAAAAUACGCAUUGAACCUCCCAAGAAGGUCCCUUCAGCAGAAAUGAGGAAGUCAGUUCUUAACCUGAAUGAGCUAGGUCAGGUGAAUGGCUCAGCUGGUGGAGCUGCAGGAGGAGAAGAGGAAGGCCUUCCUGCUCAGCAUGAAUUGGGAGAGGAACUGAAAUUCACUGGGAGGAUCUGUGGUGGUAUGUGGCUGGACAUCAAACGCAAGAUGCCGUUUUACUGUAGUGACAUUUACGAUGGCUUCCAUAUCCAGUCCAUCUCUGCUGUUCUCUUCAUUUACCUGGGCUGCAUCACCAAUGCCAUCACCUUUGGAGGACUGCUGGGAGAUGCUACUGACAAUUACCAGGGAGUAAUGGAGAGUUUCCUUGGCACUGCUUUAGCAGGAACUGUCUUCUGUUUGUUUGGUGGACAACCUCUCAUUAUUCUCAGUUCAACUGGACCUAUUCUCAUUUUUGAGAAACUGCUUUACAACUUCAGCAUGACCAACAACAUCGACUACAUGGAGCUGCGUCUGUGGAUCGGCCUUCACUCAUGCCUGCAAUGUUUUCUGCUGGUUCUCACCGAUGCCAGCUACAUUAUCAAAUACAUGACACGUUUCACAGAGGAGGGUUUCUCUAGCCUCAUCUCCUUCAUAUUUAUCUCCGAUGCAAUCAAGAAGAUGGUAGAAUCCUUUAAAUAUUACCCAAUCAACUGUGGCUUCAAGCCUGAUUACAUCACAGCCUACAAGUGUGAAUGCAUUGCUCCAGACCAGGUCUCUGCUUUGGGUUUAAAUGUUUCAGCCCCACUUGCAGAUGAUAACAUGACUCUACUGUUUAAUUUGACAGACAUGGACUGGAGUCAACUGAGUAAGAAAGAGUGUGUGAAAUAUGGCGGUUCUUUGGUGGGGAACGCCUGUAAGUACGUCCCCGACCUGGCCCUUAUGUCCUUCAUCCUCUUCUUUGGCACUUACUCCAUGACGAUUUCUCUCAAGAAGUUCAAGUUCAGCCGCUACUUCCCGACAAAGUCCCGUACCCUGGUCAGUGAUUUUGCCAUCAUCAUCUCUAUCCUGGUCUUCUGCGGAUUUGACUUCCUUCUCCAACUGGACACCCCCAAACUGCACGUGCCCACAGAGAUAAAGAUGAGGAAGCUAAUCAGUGAUUUUGCCAUCUUCAUGUCAAUCAUGGCCUUUGUUGGUCUGGAUAUAUUGAUUGGUUUAGACACGCCUAAACUAAUUGUUCCAACAGAAUUCAAGCCGACACGUCCUGAUCGUGGAUGGAUUGUUCUUCCUUUUGGGAAAAACCCCUGGUGGUGGUAUCUGGCCAGCUUCGUUCCUGCUCUCCUUGUCACCAUACUCAUCUUUAUGGACCAACAGAUCAGCGCGGUCAUCGUCAAUCGAAAGGAAAACAAGCUCAAGAAAGGCUGUGGUUACCACUUGGACCUAUUUUGGGUGGGGAUCCUGAUGGCUCUAUGCUCCUUCAUGGGUCUGCCCUGGUACGUUGCUGCCACGGUUAUUUCCAUAGCGCACAUCGACUCUCUGAAAAUGGAGAGCGAAUGUAGCGCACCGGGAGAACAGCCACAAUUUCUUGGAGUCAGAGAGCAGCGGCUGACAGGGACACUGGUGUUCGUGCUGACUGGACUUUCAGUGUUCCUCGCUCCAGUCCUUCAGUACAUCCCCAUGCCGGUUCUCUAUGGAGUGUUCCUCUACAUGGGAGUGGCAUCACUGAGUGGCAUCCAGUUCUGGGAACGUAUCAAGUUGUUUCUGAUGCCACCCAAACACCAGCCAGACUUCUCCUUCCUGCGUCACGUUCCGCUGAGACGCGUCCAUCUUUUCACCGUCGUUCAGAUCAUCUGUCUGGCCGUCCUCUGGAUCCUCAAGUCAACAUUCCUGGCCAUCAUCUUCCCAGUGAUGAUUCUGGGCCUGAUGGUUGUACGAAAACUACUGGAUCUGAUGUUUUCCCAGCACGACUUAGCAUGGCUGGAUGACCUCUUGCCUGAUAAAGACAAGAAGAAGAAAGAAGAUGAGAAGAAAAAGAAGAAAGAGAAGAAAGCAGUGGAGCCAGAGAGCGAUGAGGAGUGUUGCUGAAAAGGC